AUUGCCUAAAAUAGACAGAGGUUACUUUCUGAAUAGCCCUUGUAUAUAAGUCUUUGUGCCUUGAAUACUGAAAUAUACAGAAUAUACUUUGUUAUGGCCAGGAACUGUCAGAACCCUUUAGAAUCAUCUAGAACCUGUUAUGUGUACAGGACCCUGGACCUUCCCAGGAUGUGAGGCUGUAGCAGUGGUGCAUACCAACUUGUCAAACCAUGAAGUAGAUCCACCUGAUCUCCAGCUGAUGGUCUUGCCCACUGGAAUUUCCGUUGAUGGGUGUGUCCACCUACGGAAGGCACUGGGCAUAUCAGACACGUUGUGGAAUGAAUAUUUCUCCCCGCUUCUUGGACAGCCUGUUGUGUCUCUGAUGCCUGUGUUGCUUCACCCCAAGAGUGUGGGUGAAGUCCUCUUGAGAAGCAGCAACCCAGAGGAUCCUCCACUCAUCCAGCCAAACUACCUCACACACCCACAGGAUGUGGAGACCUUAUACCAUGGAAUUGAGCUAGUGAAGAAAUUGUUGAGGACAAAACCCAUGCUGGAACUGGGGGCAAGGUUAAAUGACAAGCCGCUGCCUGGAUGUGAGUCCUUUCCGUUUGAUUCUAAGGGAUACUGGGAGUGCUACAUACGCCACCUCACUCUGACUUCCUAUCAUCCUGCUGGAACUUGCAGGAUGGGUCCCACGUGUGAUCUUGAAGCUGUUGUGAAUCCUAACCUCAUGGUACAUAAUACACAUCGGCUGUUUGUGAUUGAUGCAUCAGUAAUGCCUAGUCUUCCAAGCGCAAACAUCCAUGCGGCAGUGAUGAUGAUUGCAGAGAAGGGAGCCGAGCUGGUGCAGAUGCACUGGGACUUAUUGCAUGGUAAAAGUACCAGACACUCUCGAAGCUGGAAGUCAAUUGGAGAGGAAUACCAAGGCAAUCGAAUGUGCUUCUCUUAGGUAGUGACCAUUGCCACUGGAGAACAGUUCAGUUGGACUGGACGAAGAAAAUAUUAUGUAAGUUUGUCAUGGUUCAUACUUCAUCAAGGCACAUAAUACAGUGUUAUAAAUCUAGUUACACUAUAACAAAAGUCACAAUUUUGUGAUUAGCGCUUGUCUAUAUAUGCAGAAACUAAGCACUCAGCUAAGAGACCAGCUGUCCUAACUGACUUGUUUAGGACUUUCUUAGCCCUCCAGGAUAAUGCAGAUAGAACACGUUAUGAGAGGCUACCAGAGCUGCCCAUCUCACUGUUCUUAGUCAUGCCAUUUCUUAAUCAGUGCUGUAUUACUUUUAGGAUUAGCAUAGUUUCAUUUAAUGAAAGAAGAAUUCAGAAUAACUCAGUAUAGAGCUAGGUUAUGGGCUGGAUGGCUGUGAUUUGAUUGCAGGCACAAGCAUCUGCACUGCAUCUGGAUCAGCUGUGGGACCCACCUAGCCUUUUAUUUAAUAGGUACUGUGGGCCCUCUCCCCAGGGGAAAAGGGGCUGGAUCAUGAAGCUGACCACUCACUUUUAUUGUUUUUAGCUAUACCUACACUCUGUAAUACACCUUCAUGUUGUGCUUAAUUGACAGUUUUUCCUUUGUGUUUAAGAAACAAGAAACAUAUGCUCAAAACAGUGUUGUAUCUCAUAUCAGUCAGCUUUAAUUGGCAUAGUUAACUGAACCAUAUGAGUCACAUGAAGGUAGAUUGUAUAAAUUCAUUGUUUAAGAACUUUGUUAAAAACCUGUAAUAUACGUACAUGGAUAGUGUGUCUCAGUUGAGUGCAAAGAGAUUGCUAAUCCUAGCUAGGUAAAUUCCUGAUAAAGAACUAAUGCACAUUAUUAUGUAUGUAUAUAAAUUAUGAACAGAUCUUUUGCAUGUCAUGGGUUUUUCAUGAUGAAUUUUACUAUAAAAGAUCUACAUAUUUUAAUGAAUGUAAUAAUGUUCUUUAUGACUAUAAUAGCUGCAUCCACUUUUCUUGGGUCUUUUCAAACCAGUGAGUCCUUAUUUUAUAAAAUUUCAUUCAAAGAAUGGUUUUCUUGUAUAUUUCGUUUCAAAUUUCUCAUUUUUAUGUCAGUAAUCUUAAACAUUCCAUCUCAGGCUGCACCUCCCUUUCCUAACAUAGCAAUGUUUGAGUGCCUGUGCCCAUCCCUAAUGCUAAACAAUUUGAGCUGCUAGUAAUACUAAUAAAAAUACUGUUAGAAAAUACUGGUGCAUGCUAUUUUCAAUAUUGCUAAUGUGAAAAUACAGUUAUUAUAUGAUUAAUACACUUUGUUCUUGCAUUUCUAUUUUUUGUUUUAUGAUAAAUUUAAACAUUGCCUGCAGAUGAAGUCACAACCAAAAAUUAUAGAGUACAGUUCAGUGCAUUCCUGUAUGUCAUUCACAACCAAUACCUAAAUACUCCAUACUGUGAAAAGUUUUGAACAUCUUUGAGUUACCAUAUUUGUUCUUAAGCCAGUACAAGGGUCUAAUUAUACUGUAUAGGCAAAGACACAGAACAGUGCAACCAUUAUCAGCUUGUAUAUUGUUACAUAUUUUUUUAUGUGUUGCAUAUUACAAAAAUUUAUGAAGUUAAAUGUAUUCUCUUGUGAUCUGCAUUGAUGUGUAGCAGAUUUUUGUAUUAUGGUUGUACUCAUAUAGGAAGGUGGGGAACCUGAGGUGUACUGGCAUCGUUUUGAUUUUUGACAAGAACAUAGGAACAUUUCUCUUUAUCACCAGGUCUAGUACAACUCAGUGGGUUCAAUGGUAUCAGUCCAACAUUCUGUCCAUUUGAUGCAGGCAGCUUUUCCUCCAGAGCAUCAAGCUGACCAUUCAUUGGGCUGAAUAAGAUACUGUUUUCCUUCCACAAUUUCAUACUCCAAAAAUAGCAAUAAAUGAUUGGGAUUUGAAUACAUGUAUGAAGUAGUGAAUUUUGUUUUUAAAUUUUAAAAUAACAAAGUGCAUACUGCAAUGUAAAAUAAUCCUUUCAGAUUUUGGAAAAGCAAAUUUUUUAUUUUGAGCCUGAUCAAAUGGAAAGUUUAAUUCAGGAUUAUGAAUAUGUUACUGUUAUAUGAGACCUGUUAAGUAGUUUAACAUAAUUUCUGUUGUGUAUAUACAGUUCUAAAAAUGUUGUUGCUAGAUAUAUUAUUCAAACUGGUAGGUCAAAAAGGACUGAUAAAAAUUAAUCCCUCCCAUUGCAUUGUCAAUAUGCAAAGUAUAAUGUAAUAAGAGAAAUUAAGACAACAGGGCAUCCAAGAUGUGGCUAUCCAAGGAAAUUAAGUUCUGUAUACCAUAUACCAGUCACUGUGAAGCAAUGUGCAAUUUGUCAAAGUUGUUUUGUAGUCCCAAGUAAUAAACUGAGUGGAAAAAUAUAGGCUGCUCCUGACUUCUGACCCUGAUGCAUUCUUGAAACUCGCAAUGUAAGUUGAAGUAUCAUAUGCACAGUAUCAGUAUCUGAUAGACUUACAUGUCAGAAAUUUAGGUACUGUCCAGUACCAUACCAUCAAGCAUAUGCUUUUUGAACUUUUCAAUAGCACCACAAUCACUUUUAUCCUUGUAUGUUACUGUUUCCUUCCAUAUCCCUAUAUACAAUUGUAUGUGUGUAAAAAGAAACAGUAAGGUAAAGCUAUCCCUGUAACAGGCCGUGAAGGCCCAUAGGGUUGUGAGACAU